AUGGAUGGAGAGCAAGCCCAAGACGACGAGGGACGACCCGGCGGCGCGGCUGCCGAUGAUGAUGACGACGAUGACCUGGAUCCAUGGGCACAAGCCUUAGGUGGAAACAGGCCGAGCCGACAGCCGGACCCCGAAGAGUUUCAGAGGCUCCGGGAGUUCAUGCAGAACAGAGGACCUUCAAGAUCUUGGCGGGCCCGGCGGGGCUCGGAAGACCAUGACGACAAGGACGACGAAGGCGGAAAGGGCGCCGGAGCCGGCCCUCCGCCGACUUGGGACGGCCAAAGCAGCUUUCGUGAUUACCAGAUUAGAGCAAAGCUUUGGUUAGCCACGACAAAGGUGCGAGCCAAGGCUCGCGGACCAAUGUUGCUGAAAAGCUUGUCUGGAACGCCGUUUGAUGAUCUGAAGCAUCUGGCUAAGGAUGCAAGCUGGAUGAAUGACGAGAACAACGGCGAGCUGCUCCUGUCCCGGAUGGACUCCAAGGAAUUGUACGGCGAGGAUGCUCGCGAGGACGUGCUGAAUACGCUUUUGAAGAUCACCUAUACGCUUAGGAGGGCUAAGGGUGAGAAUCAUAAGUUGUUUUUCUCUCGCUGGGAUAAUCAAGUCCGGCGCCUCGGAGAACACAGCGUGACUUUGCCUCCUGGGUACCUCGGGUUUCUCCCUGUGAUGUCUUUGCAGCUGAGCGGCGACGAGGUGAAAUUGUUGCUGAACUACACGCAAGGCAAGCUCACCUCGAAGGCCGUGAAGGAGUGGGUGAGAGUCCAUGAAGCCGACUUGGACUGGAAAGCUCAGGGGAAAACCAACUCCAAGCCCUAUGUAGCGAUGCACGUGGAAGGCAUCGAUGAUGAUGAUCGUUUUGACGAAGGGCCCGGAGCCAACCAGGACUCCGGCGAGCUCGAGGUUCUGCUGGGCGCCCUGGGCGAGCUGGAUGACGCCGAUGGCGACACCGGCGGAGGCGUGGAUCACGAUCAGGAGAUCUUCGAUGAAGAUGAGGCCAAGGAAGUCCUGGCGGCACGAGAUGUUCGUUCUUCCAGUGGCUGGAAGAGCAGCCCUUCAGGCGGGAGACCACGACCUCCGGCUACCGGCCACUAUCACCGGCGGGGCCACCGCCUCCAGCAGGACCGCCACCUCCGACUCCGAUGCCCAAAUAGCGAGUUCCUACGCCCGGCCAAUGUGGAUGUCCGGCACAAGAACACCUACUACGCCGACUCAAGCCAGUGCUCGCAUGUCGGGGUGAACGGGUGCGGCACGAAUGCCUUUCAAGUGCAGAAGCGCUGCCCGCACUGCCUCAAAGUGCUCUUCCAGAAGGACAAGCGCACGGGCAAGGUGAUCUACCUGGAUCCGCGUUGGAAGGUGCCACUGCAUCUGCGUGCCGAGGUGCUGGGCAGCGAUGCGUCGACAGCCGGCGCCACCAUCACCUCCCAAGAGCCGGCGUGUCAAGAAGGCAAGAAGGCAGUGGAGAGCGACGAGGACGAGAUGGAUCCCAUGGAUGCGGACUACCAGGAGUUCUUGGAUUGGAAGAAGUUCAAGGACCUGCAGCGCCCGAGAAGAGUGCGACCAGCGCCUCGAGCAAACGCCGCUGAGGGCAGUCCCGAAGCACAGGACGGCGUGGAGUCAAAGGCUCUCACAGAACUCAGUCGACCCAACAAGAAGUUCCGGGCCUAUUAUGCUGAACUGUUUCAGCUUAGCCCGGAUGAGGUGACCGUUUGCUCACGUCAGCUGCCAGAGAAUCACUCCGAAGUCAUCUUCUACAUGAUCGCCGUCAAGGAGGCCAAGUCUGCGCUUAAGCCAUGGGUCCACUGGGCUCCUGGCGAGCCGCUCUGGCACGACCUCUCCAAGGAGAUCGGUGUCACACGGCAGACCUUCGAGCGGCCGCGGCAGCAGCAGAAGCUGGACCUGGUGACGAAUUAUCCUAUGCUGCUGCACCGCCUCGAGCAGAUCUCGGUCCCCGGCCAGGACUCCGAGAAUGCAUUGGACGACCUCGCCCACCACCGCCGGACUGCCUACGGUUCUCUUACUGGAAGGCGGCUAGGAGAUCUCAAGACGACCUUUGCGCAGGAUGUUGUCGAUGAAGACAAGGUCCAUGACGAGGCCUACUUUACUUACGCCGAGCUUGCGGAGAUUGACGAGGGCAACCUUUCCGGACUACCUCGGUGUCAUGAAGCCCACGCCGGUAUCAUCUACGAGAUGGUGGAUGGAAGGCUUCGACCCGGUCACCUGGGCCCACGUCGACUGAAGAGUUUCCUUGGCGAAGCAGCUGGAUAUAAGAUCAAGGAAGGUGGAGCCAGAUCGAAGAUGAAAUCCGAUGGCGAGACCUACGCCGAUACCAAGCAGCGAGUGACCUUGGAAAAGAUGGUUAGAAGGGCCCAUGAGGGCCUGGGACAUCCUGAACGAGAACGUUUCCUUCGGAUCCUACAUCACAACCGGGCCCCCCAGGAAGUUAUCCAGAUCGCCAAGGAAACGCGGUGCUCCGUGUGCGAGGCCAACAAACUGCCGGACCCAGCGCGACGAGGAGCACCACCCCGUGAGCAGAUCUAUGUGAACGACCUGGUCGGGAUUGAUACGAUCCACAUCCGCGACCACCGCAAUGCCGCCGCGCCCGCCAUCAACGUGAUCGAUUGGCACUCCCACUUCCAGCUGGUGGCGCCGAUGAAGGGCGAGACCGCCGACCAUGUUCGAGCAGCAUACCGCCAGUGGACGAGGUUUUUCACGCCACCGGGGCGGCUGAUGAUUGACUUGGGCCCAGAAUACAAGGCUCAAUUCAGAAAACAAGCCGAACGUGACGGAACUGAAGUGGUUCCUUCACCAGUGGAGGCACCUUACCAGCGGGGACUCACGGAACGCGCCAGCGGCAUCUUCAAGAACAUCCUCUACAAGGCUAUGCAGGACUACCGCUGCCAGAACGAGACCGAGUGGCGUGAAUUGGUGGAUGUAGCAUGUAUGACCCGGAACCGCCUGCUAAUGAAAGCCGGCUAUUCUCCGAUACAACGAGUUCUUGGCUACAGCCCUCGUUUACCAGGAGGCCUUCAGUCCGGGGGCGAGCAAGACCACAUGGCGGCGGACCUGGUGGACAAUGUCGUGAAAGCAGCUCCGGAGCGAAUCCGACCAGCGGCCGCGGAGGGAUUUAUCGACCUCACCAAGGACGAGGACCCCGUCCAGGAAGAGAACGAGGAAGCCAACGUGGCCAUGGAUCAACAAGAACUGACUUCCCCACCAUUGCGGAGGGUGAGGCAGAAAACUGGCGACUACCAACGGGAAAACGGACCAGACGAACCACUUGGCGAUCCUGUGGGUGAACUUCCGAACUCCUUCCUCCUCCUGUACCUCCUCCUGGACUUGGCGACCUACCUCAACAAGCGGAAGAAGAAGAUCCAAGGACUGGAGUCGACUGGAGAUGAACCGCACCCACUACCAGCCGGAGGUUCUGAUGGUGAUAUGCCCAUCGGUCCCAACGUUAAACGAGAACUGGAAGAGGGCGAUCAGCCCCCUGAAAGCGGACUCGAGUCGAUCCUUCAGCGUGCUAUCGCCAAGGAGGUCUCCAAUAACCUCGCCACCGGCGCCUACAAGUUGCUCUCCGUCAAGAAAUCUGACGAGAUACGCCGUACCAAGGACGACAAGAUCAUGGAGUCCCGCUACGUGAUUACCAAGAAGCCCCUCGAGCCCUCCGACAUUGCCAAGGCCAAGAGUGAGGACUUGCUCUUGGAUGACCAGGAGCACGGGUUUUGCAAAGCUAAGUGCCAGCAUGUGAUGAAGGGUUUCUCGGAAGCUGCGGCGGUUGAGGUGGAGUGCACCACGCCGCAAGUGGGAAGGGAUUCUGCGAUUUUUAUAGCCCAGGUUCUUGCGUCAAUGGGCUGGGUGCCAGGCUUUCUUGAUUUUACUCAGCUUUUCAUUCCGGUGACCGGAUUGAUCGCGAGCUGUACUGCUAUCAGCCACGAGAAGGUGCACCUGGCCCGAAGACUGCAGACAGACUUCGGUUACACGUCCAGCAAGGCCGACCCUUGCGUCUUGCUACUGCACACCAAAGACGAUGCUCAGGAGCCGGUCCUACAAGGGAUACUCGGUGUGGCCACCGAUGAUCUACUACACGGGGGCGGUCCGGCACACUGGGCAAACAUUGAGCGCAUUGCCAAAGAGUACCUCCUUGGCAAGAACCAGCAGGGCGCCGGACGUUUCCAAAAAGCAGCCAACGUUGUUGUUGGCUCCAUGUUGCAGACAGCAUCGCAGUGA